AUGGAAAGAAAUCUUGAUGUGUCUAGCGACGAUGUUGUGAAAUUAAUUCUACAAUAUCUGAAAGAAAAUAACUUAAAGAAAACACUACUUGUAAUGCAAGAGGAGACCGGAGUUUCCCUAAAUAGUGUUUCGAAUUUGGAGGUUUUGAUCUCUGAUGCCCAAAUGGGCAGAUGGAGCCAAGUUUUGGAGUCAAUAGACACAAUGAAAUUAUCGCAGGAUACAUUAUUUAAACUAUACGACCAGAUAGUGAGAGAACUAGUUGAUUUGAAGGAAAGUAAACUGGCUUUAAUUUUAAUGGAGAACUGUUCUCCCCUAGUUUCAAUGCAAAAAAGUGACCCUGACAACUAUAGAAGGUUAUUAGAAUUAUGCAAGAAUAGACCGAACGAUUCAAAGGAAAUUUACGCAGGAAUAUCAACUGAAACAUCUCACCAACAUCUGACCAAAGAAAGGAAGAGAAACAUCGUAGCAGAAGCCCUUUCAAAGGAUAUAGAACACGUGCCACAGUCUAGAUUACUUGCCUUGUUGGGAAUGGCGUUGAAAUGGCAAAAUCACAUGGGAAUAUUACCCCCUGGAGAAAAAUUCGACGUCUUUAAAAACAUUUCAAAAAUGUCUGACGAGGCUCCAGAAUAUGUUAAAAACAUAAGCAAAAUCAUUAAGUUAUUGUGUGAUACAAGGUGUAGUUCUUCGGAUGGAUUUAUCGAAGUUUGGAACUGGAGUUUAGGAGUUUUGGAUACGGAAUUGUCAUACCAAGCGAAUGACCAUUUUAUGCUUCAUGAAACGCUAAUCACCUGCUUGGCAGUUAGUAGAGACUCUGAGGUUCUUGCCAGUGGUGACCAAAAGGGUAAUAUAAAGAUAUGGAAAAUUGAUACUGGCGAAUGCCUAAAGACCAUGAAUAACUCCCAUAAAGGAGCCGUAACAUGCGCUACAUUCAGUAGAGAUUCAUCCUGCCUUUUAACAGGAUCUUUCGACUCAUUAGCAAGGUUCUAUUUGACUAUGGAUGGAACUAGAGUUAUCACAGGUUCGAGUGAUGGGUUUGUCAAGGUGUGGGAUACAAGGACCUGCGAAUGCCUCAAAUCAUUUGCAGCCUAUACUCAUCGUGAAACAGACGACAAAGACGGUCCUUUGAUAUCAAAAUCGGUCAACACAAUAUUGAACUUAACUACAGGGGCUCAAAAUGAAGUUCUUUUGGUAUGCUCAAAAUCGCCAGUUCUGAAGCUGUUUAACAUGAAUGGCAGCUGUUCAAGGGAAUUUACCCACGAAGAUAUCGAAAACGUAUGCUUCCUGGAUGUUUCAGGUACAGAUCACAGAUAUUUUACCUGUUUAGUAUCCAAGAGAUUCGAUUGGCUCUAUGCCUUGGGAGACGAUGAUCAGGUUUAUUGUUUCAACUUUAAAUCAGGAACAUUGGAUAAUGUUCACGACAAGGAGGCAAUUGGCCUUGUACACCACCCAUAUAACUCAUUAAUGGCAUCCUGGGGACUAGAUCGCACAAUUAAAAUAUUAUGUCCCUAA